AAAAAAACCUAAAAAACACAGAGAGAAGAAAUUAUCCGUAUUUGAUUUUUGAAGCUGUUUCUUCCCCUGCUUCACAGUUCACAAGGAGUGAAGGGUGCAAAUGUUGGCGCGACGACUUCCUUCUCCAGCGAUUUCUGUGGCGGCAUCUCUUUUCCGGCGGUGUAGGAUUCCAAACUCAAUCCACUCUCCGACGGCCUUCGCGUCUCCACUGUCUCUUACCUUGUGCCCUUACAAAGUGGCCGUCCUCUCCUUCUGUUCGAGUCCUCAACUUUCGCCGGAACUCGCCGACUCUAUCUCCGAUGAAUCCCAAAAGCGUGGUCCUCUGGAACCUGGAUUAUACCUUGUCGGAACACCAAUUGGAAACCUCGAAGACAUCACUUUACGGGCUAUUCGUGUGUUAAAAUCAGCUCAUGUGAUACUGUCAGAAGACACGAGACAUUCGGGAAAAUUGCUACAACAUUACAACAUAAAAACUCCCCUUCUGAGCUAUCACAAGUUCAAUGAGUCUCAAAGGGAACAAACCGUGCUAAGGAGGUUGAAGCAAGGCGAGAUUGUGGCUCUGAUUAGCGAUGCAGGGACACCAGGCAUAAGUGAUCCUGGCACUGAAUUGGCAAAGUUAUGCGUUAAUGAGAAUAUUCCUGUUAUUCCCAUACCUGGACCCUCAGCUUUCGUGGCCGCUCUUUCUGCCUCUGGACUGGACACUGACAAGUUUACGUUUGUUGGAUUUCUUCCCAAACAUGCUGGCUCUAGAAAAGAGAGGCUGAUGGUUUCUGCUAAUGAGGUGACGACACAAGUGUUCUAUGUUCCUCCACACAAGCUUCGUCAGUUUCUUGAGGAGACUUCUCAAUUGUUUGGUGAUUCAAGGCGAUGUGUCAUAGCUCGUGAAAUAACAAAGUUACAUGAACAGUUUUGGCGGGGGACUCUGGGCCAAGCAAAAGAAGCAUUUUCAAGUCAUCAGCCAAAGGGUGAGAUUACUUUAUUAAUUGAAGGGAAGACAAAUCCUACAGUCGAAACUCCAUCAGAAUCUGAGCUUGAGAAUGAACUAAGCAAUCUGAUAGCCAACGGGCAUAGUCUUUCUAUGGCCGUCAAAAUGGUUGCUAAUGAGAGGUCAGUCAAAAAGAAAACUAUAUAUGCGAUUGCAUUGAGAAAAUUUGGGAAGCAAACUGGGCUAGAUGAUCUUGAUGCGUGCAAAUGAAACUGAUAUUAACAACACUUACAGUAAACUUGCGAGGGAUCUGCAUUGCAUAUGUCCUCUUUCCGCCUUUGUCUACCCGAGCAUGUGUCAGUUUUGGAGAAAAAACAAAGCACUCGAGGAUCGGAGUUAUAAUCUCUUUCAUUGGUGAGAGUUGGUUGUUUAGACUGUUGUCACCCCAAGGCAAACUUGAGAGGUUGUAACUUGUAAAGUCAAUCCCGUUUAGAAGAAAUUCGACCGUUAUUUUAACUUGCUGCUCCGCUAAAUCAUAUGUCCAAUAAUAUUAAAAAAAAAAAAAAGUGAAAAAAACACAUUCUCAAGAAAUUGUCCUACUCCCACGUUUCCAGAUAGCUUCACAGUUAGCUCCUUUUUUUUUUUCCCCCCCAGCUAGAAUCUAGUUGGCAUUUUUGUUUGCUGUGGCGGAUUUCACAUCAGGGAUUCAAUUCUAGUCAAUAACAGUACCUUUUCAACGAUGAAA